CCCUCCCUUGAUUCACUCUCUUGAGCGCCUCCAUCCCCAAAAAUUCACAAAAUCUCAGUUCUCACUCAUCCCACCCCAUAACCCAAUUUUCCAAACCCUAGUUCCUCAAGAGUAGCCCAUUUUGAAGCCGAAUUGAGCUACAGGAAAGUUCUUUUUACUCUCUUCUGAACUUGUCUUCUUCAUAUGGAUGCGGAUGCUGCAAAGACGGCCCGGGAGUCUCUAGACCUAGCAUUUCAGAUGUCGAACAUUCUUGAGACAGGGCUUGAUCGUCACACCCUCUCCAUCCUUAUUGCACUGUGUGAUUUGGGUCUCAACCCUGAGGCGUUAGCUGCUGUUGUCAAGGAGCUCCGAAAUGACCUCGGGCCACCGCAGGAUGCUGCUCAUGAUGUAAUGUGAACAGAGCCUUUUGGUGGAGAAACUAAAAUGCGUUUGUGGAGGAAUGAUAUGAACACAUCACUGGGUCUCUCUUUGUUUCACUUCAGUUCUGUACAACCAAAUGCAUGAUUGCUGCAAAAAUCGUUCAUGCUAUUUUCCUGCUGUUUUGGUUUGCGUGUGUGUGAGGUUUAGCUUUGUAAUGUGCAGUCUAUUGCAAGGUUGUGGGACUUGGGGGAAAUUUAGUGUGAUAGCUCCUUUGUAUUUUUCUCGUUAUGUACAAAUCUCUACCUUGUGAUUUGUGUGUGAUACUGCAAAGGCAAACGCGUUGCCAAUUAUGAAUGCAAAUUGUGCAAAAGAUUUGGAACA